AUGAGAUCGAACUUCGAUCAAGCAAAUGCGUCACAAUGUACUGUUGCCGAAACAACAAAUGCCAUUCCAGCAGUAUGGUUGAGUUUGAUGACUAUUAUGGUCAGAGAUUACAUGUUGAUUGAAGAGAUUACCGAGGCAAUGGAAACUAUAGAGUUAAUAGUACACGAUAAUGAUGAAGAUGGUGAUGACGAUGUGGUUGAUGGUGUGCAUGAUGAUGAUGCUUAUAAUAAAGUAGCGAGGAAUGAAAUCUUAACAUUGGCAUUAGCUACUAAUGAUUCAAUUAAUAUGUCAAAUUCCACAUACUCUUCGUUGUCAUCAAUAAUCUCAACACGUACGAAUUUGGUGCAACAUCAACAACAUGAUUAUGGACUUGGUAGACGUCCCAGUUGUGAUGUUGCUACGACAAAUAACAGCAAUAAUACCUCAACAUUGAAACAACAACAGCAGUCACAACAAAUCGCACAAAAUCAAACUGUCUCAUCACCCAAUCUUUUGGCAAGUCCACUUUUACGUUUGGCAAACAAUGCACCACCCGAACGCUGUAAUUCCGGUAGUUAUCUUGGGCGCCGAUCAUCGAUGACUACACCCGAUAGUGGUGUUAGCAGCCAAACCUAUAUGAUCACUAAUACCGCCAGCACCAUAACCCCCACUCAUAGCGCUGCAACACCACAACCAACCUCACCUCGUAAAGUUAAAUCAAUUGGCAUUGGUACGACAACACGUACGUACUGUGACAAAUCAGUCAAUUCAUCGCCUAUACAUGUUGUCUCCACACUCACCUCCCCCAUUGAUACACACAAUUCCAUGAUAUCCGUAACACGCGAACAUGCUCUUAAGCAGGAAAUCGAACAAUUGCAAGAGCGUCUCAAAGAUACAGAAGAACGUUUAGAAUCGUUUCGUAUACAACAUGAUACGGUCUCGCAAUUGCAUCGUAAACUAAGAGAGAGUAAUACUCAGCUACAGGAGGAAUCGGAGAUAUUGAAGCUGGAUGUUCAACAUCUCAAUGAGUGUGCAAAUGUUUUGAGAACCGAACUGCAGGCGGCGCGUCAUGAUCGUGAUGAGGCUUUGGAUUUGCAAAAGGUUUUGCAAAAUGAAUUGGAAGAAACAAGAGCUGAAAAGAAACGUGCUCAAGAGCAAAAAGAGCGUGAUGCUAAAACCAUACAAGACUUGCAGAGACAAUGUAGGGAAAUGGAAAGGAUAUUAAUGCGCAAACAUCCAGAUUCGGUGUCAGCUUUAAUAGUGGCUUCUAAAUCCGGUGGUGGUUCUCACAAUGACCAAGAGAAUCAUAGCAGUCGCAAGUUACUAGAGCAGCGCAUUGCCCAAUUAGAAUCAGAUGCCAAAGAACAAGACUUAAAAGCCCAACAAAUACUUGCCAAUGUACAAGCACGUUUUAAUUCGGUACAAGCUAAAUAUGAGACACAUAUAGCCGAUUUGGAAACACAAGUGUUAAGUCUGCAGGAAAUCAACACCAAACUUAAUGAAAAAAUUGAGUCACAAGUACGCACUUUGGACUAUUUCGUUUCCAAGAAAGCUGAACGUUACUACAACAAUUGCACACAAACCGAAGAACCCUUUAUAAUCCCUAUACCAGUUCCUGCUCCCGCCCCCCUAGUUCUACCCGCAGAACCGAAACUUUCACGCACCCACAAUCGUAAAACGAUUAGUACCCAAACUAUAUCGGCAACUCGAGAAAGUGGUACCAAUACUAUUGGAACUUCUAGUCAACAUUCGGCCAGUUCCAGUACUAGUAGUACUGCCAACUCGACACCGAACAAUUCACGACCCAAUUCAAAACAGAGUGGUAUACGUAAACCCAUGGCUACAGCCAGUUCUUUGACCUCUGCUGUAGCUUCUAAAUUGCCAAUUUCACAAUCAGAUUCUACUAUUUCCCUAUCGGCAGCACAGGCUGCUGCCAGCGCUAAAGAGGAUGCUCAUCUUUUGGCUACUAUACGUGGUAUGCGUGUAGAUUUGGCUAUUAAAAAUAAGGCUUUACAGCGUUUGACACGCGAGCUGGAUGAGUGUAAAAAGACAAUAAGAAAGAUACAGAAGGAAAAAGAAGCUUUUAAAUAUGAAAGAAGUCACAGCACUGCCGCUUCUAGCAGCUCUUCUAAAUAUAAUGUAGAACAUAUGCCGGCUAGCACAGAAUCCCAAGCAUUAAAGGAGGCUCAGAAUAAAUACAAACUAUUAGAAGCCGAUUACAAGUCACUGCAUGAGAAACGUUUACAAGAUUUAAAAACCCUACAGACUGCCCAUGAACGUGAACUCGCAACAUGUCACGAAACCGUACGCAUUUUACAACAGCGUCUCAACGAACGUGAUGAACAGUUUGCUUUGCAAAAACGUCGUAAAGUACCCGUUGACUAUUACGCCUUAAAAGCCAAGGUUUCUUCGCUAGAAAGGCGACACACUGAACGUGAAGAACGUUUGCACAUGCUGGUCGAGGCCCUCAGUAAAGGGCGUCUUAAUGGCGCUUUAGAUGAUCUACUGGGCGAUAAUAAUAAUCAAUGAGAUUCAUUGGAAAAUCAACAAUUAACACAGCGUUGAUUAAUAGAAAUAAUUUAAAAUAUUUUUGCAUAUGAUUUAAAACCAAAAUUGUAUUUCUAUGAUUUAUGGGGAUAAAAUAAACAUUAUUAAGCUGGGUUUUUGCUAGCAGUGUUAGAUAAAAGAAUUGGAAAAUGCUGACCAAUUAAAGCUGAAAAAAGAUUAAGUUUUAACCAAAAAUAAAAUAAAAUUGUUACAAACACAAAUAUUUUGUAUUAAAAUAAGUAAAAAUAGAACAUAAAUUAACAAAUAAUAAAAAUUAUGGACUGAAAAUUUAAACAUAAAUUAUACUUUAAACCUUGUUUAAGAAAAAUUUUAACAGUAUUAUUUAAAGAAAAGAGAAAAUUUGGGAAAAAAAAGAAUUUAAAUUUAAAUAAAAGGCUAUUUAAACUAUUGGCUAUAAAUUAAAAGACAAAUUUAAUAAAUGAAAUAUUUAAAAGUAAUAAUAAAAUAGAAACGCAACCGUUCAGUUUCCUUCCAAAGGUUUUAAAACAAAAUUACAGUAAAACUCAAAAAUUUAAAUAAUACAAUAAACAAAUAAGAAUUUUUAAGAAAAACCGAAUUAAAAAAAAAUAUUUACAAAAAUUAGAAUUAUUAUUGAGUUCAGGUUUAAUACAUAAUAAUAAACAGUAGUUUAGCGUUUAGAAAUUAAAAAUAUAUCUCUACUUCAACAAGUGUUUCAGAAAAAAAAACCAAAAUCAAGAUCCCUUUACAAUAUUUAGAAUUCUUUGCUCUAAAAGGAAUUAAUUUUCUUUCCAUUUGGAAACAAAAUUAAUUGAAUAUGGAGUAAAAAGUAAACUUAAUCUCUAGUAAUACUUGUGCUAACAAUAAGUUAAAUAUUUAAAAUUUCAAAAAAAGUUUGUGUUCGUUUUAGAAUUUACUUAAUAAAUAAUAGAAAUAUUUAAAUAUACUAUUAGCUGUUUUCCUAAAUUGGUAUUAAACAAAUCUUACUCAAGUAGUGUUUGAAUAUGUAUUAUCCUUUUUCUAAUAAAUAACAUAUUUCUAUAUAGUGUCAAUUUAAUUAUACAACUAUUACUCAAAAUUUAUUGGAUUAUAGCAAAAAAAUACUUUAAAUUUAAAAUUGUUUAGACAAACCCUUUAAAUACUAAUAUAUAAUUUAAUCUAUUAUUUAAGUUUUAUUAGAAAAGUAAUUAUUUAAGUGUCCCCUCCCAUCUAAACUCUGUUAUUGUAAACCAACUAACUUCUAUUGUAUUUUAACCCUACAAGAGCAAAAGACAUUUUACAGCAAAAGCUCAAAAUAAUUUGCGAUAUAUUUUUUAAAAACUUUUAGUUUUUAUUUUCUAAUUAUUAACAAACAAAAACUCUCGUAUUUAUAGAUACUUUAGCGUUAAGACUUAAUAUGUUUUCUGUAUUAAUUAAACCAAAAACAUA